UGUACGCGCAGCGUCAGGCGGUUCCCGGAUGACAUCCCGGAUGACAGAAACAUGGAGCGGGUGGUGGUGGAAGUGCCGAUCAACAACGGCUAUUCAGUUUCCACAGCGCCUCGAAAGCGGCAGGUUCGUUUCUCAGCGCGACAUGACAUCAUCCUUCUGCGAGAGGUCAUCGCCAAGAACCCUUUCGCCUCCAAAGAGCCAGGACGAAUCUGGGCCCGAGUGGGGGAGAUUAUCACCGCUGCCCUCCAGGAGGAAAACUUUGAGGUGGAUGCUCGACGGUGUCGCGAGAGAACCAUGCUGCUGCUAGACUACUACAAGAAACAGGACUUCCCCAGUCUGCGCAGGUUUGGAACGGAGAGGUUGUACGCCCAAAAAGAGGAUUUGCUCCACGACGUCCUGGAGCUGGAGGCAGAGAAAGGGCUGCUGGCCAGCGGCGACGCUCCAAAGUACCAGGAAGAGGAGCGAAGAAGUCGUACCAUAGACGAGCUAACUCUACCAGAACCGGACAAACCCAACAUCAAUCAAGUCCACGCUGCAGAUCCAGAGCAAGAGUGCGAGCAAAUAGCCGAGCUCUCAGCGGCGCCGACGGCCAAGCGGCCCUGCCAGUGCUGCUGCCAGACCUACUCGGAGAUCCUGAGCUUCCUGGAGAAACGCUCGGACGCCGAGCAUCGGCUCCGGGAGGAAGAGCUCGGCCUGCGCAGGGAGGAGCUGGAGAUUCAGAGGAGUAAGAUUGCUAUGGAGCGGGAACGCCUGGAAGCUGAGAGGAAAGAACGAGAGCAGAGAUUCGAGCUGGAGAGCCAGGAGAGGCAGGUCAUCCUGGACCUGUUAAAGGAGAAGGUGCUGAAGGGAUGACAAAACACACAAAACGCUGCCACCUGCAGCGCCUGCGGGUGGACGAUGUGGAGAGGCUGAGCCAGCUGCUAAAAAGAGGAAGAAUGACGGUGAAACUGGAAGUGAGCGGAUCAAAGACGGGGAACGGCGGGUCGACAUCCAGACCGGAGGGCACUGAUUGGCCGUUAUUUUUGUCAAGCUUAACAGUCAAACCAACAAGUGAUGUUGAGCGUGUGACAGGAGGUGUGUUUGAGUUUUAUCUUCCCCUCAAACUAUGCUAAAUUGUCCCAAAAUUGAGCAGUUUUUUUUUUUUUCUUAGACAUGAAAAGUGAAAAACGGACAUAUUUGAUUUAGAGAAGUGUUCAAAUCCUCCUGUGGUGGCUCUGCACUGUUUUCCUCACCAAUCCACCGGAGACACCUGCAGCAAACUGAAUGGUAUAAACAGUUUAGCGAGGUGCAGUUCCCAUAAUUCACAUCGUAGCAGAUCUCGGCCUCUCUGACCUCGGCAUCUACUGAGCGCCCAUCGAAGUGGCCGGUCCAGAGAGGGAGAGCCCAGAUAAUAGCUCUUCCUUCUCCUGGCAAAUGUCUGGAUUCAAGGGAGCAAAAUGGAUGCAAUGCAGAAGCUCGGCCUCGUCACAAAGUCCCACAAGGACAGGAAGAGGAGGAUGAAGAGGAGGACUCAUCAGUGUCAACCGGUGAUGAGACGUCAGCCUUAGUUUAGGUAGUUAGUUUACAGGAUAAAAACCUACAGGGCAGGCUCUAAAGUACUUUAACGAAGCGACUUUAUAUAACUUUAUAAGUGCAAAGUGACUGAAAACCAGUGAAAUAUUGGCCUCAACGAACUGCUCAGAACUCAUUCUUAUAGAAUGAUAAUAAACACUUUCUGUGGCUCCGUCUACACGAGGAUUUGAAAGCGUUUCACUUCCCUGGCUGUCAUCUAAGAAACCGUUUGCAGACAGGUGUGGCGGCAGCAUCGUGAUCUACUGAAUAAAACAUUGGCAGACAGGAUUUACUCGAGUCUUUUGCACAGGCAGGACAUACCUUUCCUCAUAGGACGCUAUCACCAGUAAAAACACAAUUCCUAUUCUUUUAGGACUAAAAACGAGACAAAAAAACCUUGACAUUAUAUUCAAAGGUUAUAAAAUAGGUGAAAUUGUGCAUCUGAAACUCUUGAAAAUCCAGUAGCAUUUAGUAUAUUGAUGAGUUUAUACAUGCCUAAUUUUUUCAUUUUAUAUUAUGGCUUUUUUUUCCCACAUAUUGACACAAUUUCCUGAGGUUAAUAUCGGGGUUUGUGCCAUGCUUUGGUCAAAAUACCACCGGGAAACAGUUCCGAAACCCCCUUUUUAGCCAUUUCCUCACAGCUGUGUUCAUGUCAGCUGGUUGAGGCGGCGGAGUUAGCCACAUCACAUCAUUUCUUUUUACUUUUUACCUGAUUUCGGUCACAUGAAACAAGGUGCAACUGUUUGUGAAACCUUCUGGGUAGGAGUUUCAAAGCGGCAUCGAUGGAAGCGUUGGAUACACGACCAAGUUUGCAGGCAGAUAGGAAUUUGAGAGGAGAUAAAUAUGAGGAGGCUGGAAAAUUCGAGCCUGGUCAGCACGUCUCCCGUUCACAACUAUUUUCACUGAUGCAGAAUGAAGCAAACUAUUUGCUACGAGGCAGGGGGCGGGCUCUAAGCGACGACUCGUACAGGAGGCGAGACGGCUCCUUUCACAUGCUUCAGGGUUCGUAUCCAAAGGUGUCCAGAGGCAGUUUCUUCUGUUCCCGCUCCAACUGCCACCCGGAAUUUAAAGUAGAAUCCAGAGGAUGCAGACUAGAUCUUUGUUUCAGUGAGGAAAAGAAGUAAAAGGACUGGCCAGGCUGGAAUAAUUCUCCAUUAAUCUGGGUCUGUGAUGUCACAGUAUCCUGCAAACCGGAACCUCUUAUUUAAUUAAUUUCAGACCCAGAAGUAAAGUGACAUGUCUGUGUCACUUCAGACACGUCUUUUUAUUUUAACGUUGCAUAUAUCCCCUUUAAAUAGUGUGAAAUAAAGACUGAAAUGCUGUAUUUUUUUGAUUAAUGAACACUUUUGUACAGAAAAACAAAACAAAGCACAAACACUUUGUCCAUGUUUUUUUCUAUGUCAUCAGUCAUCUGGCAUCCAUUGCAUAAUGCUUAUUGUUUAAAAGAACAACAGUUACAAAUAUGACAAGGUGCCCUAAGUGAUAUAGAAUGAAAGCGUAAAAUUAUUUUUUAGGAUGUAACACUAUAAAUAAAAGAGGC